AUGGCAGUUCGCGCCAUCGAGUACACAAUCAAGGUGGAGGUGCACGAGGUGAGAGGACUCUCCUUUAAAGAGUCCGCCGGGGAAAAGGAAAUUGUGCCGAACCCUUAUGUGGAUGUGACGGUGGGUGACGUCACCAAGAGUACAGUGCAAAAGAAUCAAGUGGUGUCUGCGACAUUCAACUCGACAUUCAACUUUCAAACAACCCUCACCCCCGAGGAAUUCCAGCGCAGCUACGUGGAACUUGACGUCAUGCACAGAUACACCUUGGUUGGAGGCAUCGGCCUCCAGAGCGCCAUGAUCGGUAAAUAUGUACUGAGCUUCGCCUACGUCUACUCCAAAAGCCAGCACUGGAUAUACAGACAAUGGGUGAAAAUACGCAACUUCGAGCAACUCGUCACAGAUCCUGGGAUGAUGCUUCUUACGGUCGGCAUCUUUGGACCCGGAGAUCUCUUGCCCGUUGUCGAUGAAACCGUAGCCUACCUCAAUGACGAAGGCGAUCGCAUCACCAAGGAUAUAGACGUGAAAUCAACUUACUACAGUCUCACCGUCAACAUCUUCAAAGGCCAGGAUAUCAGUGCCGUUGUUGGACAAAUCACCAGCACAUGCGAACCCUUCGUCAAGGUGAAACACGGUGGCGCUGAACUUCAAACACGAUCGCUGCCAGAACGUAGUCCUGAGUGGCAGGCGUCGAUCUCGCUGCCUGCCUGUAUCCCCUGCCACGAUGGAACUGUCUUGGUAGAGUUGUGGAACGGCAGCAGCAAUCCCGUCCUCAUGGCGUCGAUGGUGCUGGACUUUUUUGAACUUGUCAAAAACGAGACGCAGACGCGGUGGUUCAACUUUUACUGGAGGCCGCCUUCGGAAGGCCUGUUGGGGGCUGUGCAGGACAUGUUGACGAAUGCGGAGCUGCGGCAGUCGAAUGCGUAUGCAGGACGAAUCCUCUUGAAUGCUUCUUGCGCGAAAGUGCAGGCCCCUCUGCCCAUGGGUGUUCGAUCCACACGCGCCAUUCACGAGCCGCCGCAGGUGGAGUACUCUUUGUGGGCUGAUGUUUAUGAGAUUUCUUGCAACGCCGUGCUGGGAAACGAGCUUCAAGCAGAAGUCGCAUUCGGACCGCACACGCUGAAAUCACCCCCCCUCAUGGUCGAAGAAGCGGGAUCUUACACUCUCGAAGCCGCACAGGGGCGCAUGGAGGAGCUCAGAGUGUAUCUUCCUGCCGAGGAUGCACAAACAUGGGUAAUUUUUUUGUACAUCAGUAGCCUCUCUGCAACGAACGCCGCCGCUCACGUGGCAGCAAAUUUGGUGAAUUGGUUGGGUGGACUCACGGGAGGCGGUGAGGGUGGGCAUUCCCAAGAGUCGAGUGUGCAGAGAACUCGGCUUGCCUGGGCAAUGCUUCCCUUCAACUCGAAAAUGCUGCAAGAUGGAAAACCAGUGUGGUAUUCGCUGAGAGCCUGCGAUGGCUCGGGCACAGAUCCUUUCUCUGUGCUUGUCUCUCUAACGUGCAAACCUUCCAAAACUAUUGGAGAAAGGCCUGCAAGGCUCCAGUACAAUUUGCAGCGAUACUAUUUUCGCGCGCUUAUUUACGAGGGCUUGCAUCUUCCCGCGGUGGGCUACAAUCAAUUUCCAAACCCUUACAUUAAGGUAGUGCUUGGCAGCCAGCAGCUCAAGACGCUCACCUUCCGGCAGACCCUUAAUCCCUCUUACUACGAGGCUAUGGAAACGGAAGUCAUUCUUCCAGAGAUGAUGCAACUCGCUCCCGACAUUGUGCUAGAGGUGUGUUCAGAAGCAGAAUCAAUCAUUUCUUCGGAUAUCGUCUUGGGAGCCACGACAUAUCCUAUCCAGAAAGUGCCAAAGGAGUGGAAGAAAGCUCCUGUUUGGCUGAUGCUGCAAUCGAAGCUGUAUCCUCGGUGCAAGGCGAAAGUACUGGUUGCAUUCGAGCUAGUUCCUGCGGAGCUUGUGGAGAACGACACGUAUCCCUUCUUUGACGACAUACGACCCUCCACAAAGCAAGCAACAGUCUCGAUUUUCCUUGUCGGAGUGCGUCUCUUCUCCCCCCUCCAAAGGCCGUAUGUGGAGCUCUGCUUUGGACGCGACGUCGAAGACACAACCAAGCCGCUUUGGUCAGAGAAGACAAGCGAGCCGCACAUGGGGGAAGGCGGCAACUGGAAUUUUCUGCAGCACUUCAACGUCGGCGUCUCGCUUCCAAAACGCAUGCAGCACCACUGCUUCAUGGAGGUGAAGGUGCUAGACGAAGUGGAGGGAAUCUCUGGAACGUCUCUUAAGGACGUUGGCAUGGCGUAUAUCACUCUUAAUCCUUUGCUGCCUUGGCUAGAGCAGAGAGAACGGGAGGAGACACGAGAAAUGUUCAAGCUGCAAGUCAUGGAAGAAGUGAUGAUUGAGGACGCCGAAAAUGCUAGACGUCUGAGUGAUGGCGUUGCUGGUCAGCCAGCGGAGGUUAAAGCCGCAGGAGAAGAAGGGGCCUUAGGGCAUUCCAAGCCUGCUCCUGCCGCUGAGAAGGUCAACAAGAAGAUGCUGGUCCCUUACAACGAUCCUGAUUGUGCGAAUUCGCGCUUAGAACCGCUGGAUGAUUAUGUAGCUUUCGGAGCUGCUGCCAUGCCUCCCGUCAAUCGGAUUAGUACAAUUCGAGAAAAGCACAUGGAACGGCCCCGCUCUCGGGGAAAAGGCUUUCUCGGUGCUCUUGCAAUGAAGAAGAGCAACCCGAUGGAAGGAGCCUACGCCAAAGAGAAUGCUGCGUUGCACAAGCAGUCAGAACUGUACGGCUUCGAGCCUGAGGCACUCAACUUCGUCCUCACGAUGGCUGACGAUGACGAGGUCGAGGAGAACAUGCGCGAUGAAAUUCCCUAUGAGAUGGAAACGGACUUUGGCGUCAACGACUUGCCUUAUUUGAGGGUUCCUAUCUUUAGGUGCACGGACUGCGGCGUUCCGGAGACGAUUGGAUACUUAAAAUACAUUUGCCGCGUUUACCAAGGCGAAAACAUCGGUGAAGAAAUGGAAGAAAUGAACGAAGUCUGCCAGGAUCUCGUGCAGAAAUACGAAAGCACCCGCGACUUGGUGGUUCGUGCCUACGUGUUAGCGGCACGUGGAUUAGUGCCGCCUUCUGGCGCUGCCGACAUCCAGACGUACGUGUGGAUUUAUAAUUCCUCGAGUUCAGAAACUCUUUGCGGGGGCCUAACCCACAACCUCAAGGAUUCAGGGCAUGUAAAGAAGCAGGGGUUCAAGCCUGAGUUCAACAGGUGCUACAGCCUCGCGUGUUCUCUCCCUGAACACGCCGUUGUUCAGGUGGCCAUCAUGAAUCAGGGAAGAGUACUCGACGAGUGCGUAGGACGCACCUUCAUCGACAUGGAAGAUCGGUUCUUCAAUUCAAAAGUCGCUGCCAUGGUCGAGCAAGAGGUUACUCCCAUCGAACUGCGAACACUGAAGAACGAAGGAAGCACAGUUUCGCACGGCACGCUGCGCGGCUUCUUUGAGAUCAUGACUGAGGAUUACGCUCAGGAGCAUCCGCCGUUCACUUUGGCCAGUGCUGAGGCAGAUGACUUCCAGCUGCGGCUGGUGAUAUGGCGCGUGAAGGCAGUUCCGAUGGACGACAAUUCAUCCAUUUCGAUGUUCGUCCGAUCGAUCUUCACUCUGGAAGAGAACAACGAAGUAGUCCACGACACCGACACGCAUUACAACAGCAAGGAUGGCUCCGGCAUAUUCAACUGGCGCUGUGUCUUCGACGUCAAAAUUCCCGCCCCUGUGCCUGUCCUCAAGGUUCAGAUAUGGAAUUAUGCAGUGUUAAGCUCAGGCGAGCCUAUAGGCGAGUGCAACUUCGACCUCACCGCGGAUUUCUUCAGGGCAAGGAAGAGAGGCCAAGUGUACAGACUGCCCAAGUUCUGGCUCCGGUGCAGCCAUCCAGCGUUCAAAGGCAAAUCUCGCGGCUCAGUCGAGGUGGAAGCUAGCAUUCUCCCUCUGAAGGAGGCCGACUACUCACCAGUUGGGCAGGGUCGAGAGGAGCCUAAUCGAGAUCCUUUUCUCCCUGCCGUGACGCAAAACAGAACGUACGUGGAUUGGGAAGCGAUCAACGAAACUGUGGGGGCUGCAAGCUCCGCCAUUAUGUCGGGGCUCAAAUGGACAGGCGUGUGGAUGGCAGUAGCUGGCAUCGUAGCGAUUGUCAUUUUCAUCAUGUUCCUUCUGAAGUAA